UGAGGUUUAUUAGUGAUCGGCAGCUGUUUUUUUUUUUUUUGGCACCUUGGAGAGAAGCAAAUUUCAACUCCUUGGUGAUUCCUGGACCUGGGUUUUAUUGAUCAGGUACAGGGAGACCGAGAAUAUAGUUAAUUAAAAAAUUACCGUGGAAGUGUGAUAUUUUGUCCCCCGUUCAAGACAGAGCUUGCUUAGAGUUUGGAAUUUCGGCACUUGAGUUGCAAUUUUAUUAGCUGAAGAGAUGGCGGCAGUGGCGCAUGCAACCUCGAAAGGAAUGUACUCUUGGUGGUGGAAUAGCCAUAUUAGCCCAAAGAACUCAAAAUGGCUUCUGGAGAACCUCACGGAUAUGGACGUGAAAGUCAAGCAAAUGAUCAAGCUCCUGGAGGAAGAUGCAGACUCCUUCGCUCGAAGGGCCGAGAUGUACUACAAAAAGCGGCCCGAGCUCAUGACUGUUGAGGAAUUCUAUCGGGCCUAUCGUGCCUUAGCUGAGAGAUAUGAUCAUGCCACAGGGGUCCUUCAGCAGGCCCAUAAGGCCAUGGCCGAAGCAUUCCAUCAAGUCCCCUUAAUGCUCUCAGAUGAUUCGACUCCUGACUUCAACCCCCAGACACCCGAGUUCUCAUUUGCAAGCAGAAAUGGUGGGUUUUCGGAAGAUUCUGAGUCAAUCACUGGCAGAAAGGGCUUGAAGCAGUUUGGCAAUGGCCUAUUUGGUUCUGGAGAAGGAAGAGUGCGAAGAGGUCUUCAUUUUCAUGAUUCGGAGGAGAAACAUGGCCAUCGGGGUGAAGAGGAAAUUGCGAGCUUGAAGAAGCAUCUUGCGAGAUUAGAAGCAGAGAAAGAAGCUGGAGUACUUCAGUACCAGCGGAGCUUGGAGGAGUCGAAGAAAUUUUCCGAGCGAGCAGAGCAAGCUGAAGCUGAAGUUAGUUCCUUGAAGGAAUCAAUUGCAAGAUUGGAGGAAGAGAAGACCGAGAAUCUUCUCAAGUACCAACAGUGUCUUGAUAAGAUAGGCACAAUUGAGAAUCUAAUGAAAGAAUCUAAUGAGAGAGCGGAUAGAGUUGAAACUGAGGUUGAAGCCCUCAAGGCGGAUCUUGUGAAAGUAGAGGCUGAGAAAGAAGCUGCUCUUGAGAAAUACAACAAAUGUCUUGAAGUUAUAUCGGUACUAGAAGAGAAGCUAAGAAAUGCUGAGGCCGAAGUUCAAAGCUUGAAGGAAGAACUCGCAAAGUUAAGGGAGACAAUCUCAGAUUUAGAACAUAAGUUUUCUUUGGCUGAAGAGGAGACACACAGGCUGAGGCUUGAGAUCAAUGAUCGGACUGAGAAGCUGAGGAUCUCCGAAGAAAGGUAUCUGAUGCUGGAAAGUUCAAAUCAGAGUCUCCACUUGCAAUUGGAGACUCAGAGUCAGGAGCUUGUGGAGAAGCACAAUGAGGUGGGGAACCUGUGGGCCAGUGUGCAGGAAGAGAGAGCGAGAUUUGUGGAGGCUGAGACAGCUUUUCAGACUCUGCAGCACCUCCAUUCUCAGUCCCAAGAGGAAUUGAGGUCUCUUGCUGUAGAAAUUCAAACCAGGAAUCAGAUCUUGAAGGACAUGGAAGAACAAAAUCAGAGUCUGCAGGGAGAAGUCAAGAAGGUUCUCGAUGAGAAUAAGAAUUUAAACGAGGUGAACCUGUCCUCUUCCCUUACGGUGAAGAAUUUGCAGGAGGAGAUCUUGAGCUUGAGGGAGAUGAUACAGAAGCUUGAGCAGGAGAUUGAGCUUCGUGUUGAUGAAAGGAAUGCCCUUCAGCAGGAGAUUUACUGCUUGAAGAAAGAACUGAACGGCUUGAACGAGAAGAACCGUAGCUUAGAAGAGCAGGUUGAUUCCGAGACAAGUGAGAAGGCAGUUCUUCUAGGGAAGCUUGCGGUCAUGGAGAAACUUAUUGAGAAAAACAUUCGUGUGAGGGAGAAGGUGAAGGCAUUGGAAGAAUCAUGCGAGUCUCUCCUCAAAGAGAAGGAUUCUCUCGCUUCUCAGUUAAAUAUAGCGACCCAAAAUUUUGAAAAGCUCGCGGAGAAGAAACAACUUGUUGGAGAACUCACUCUAAACAGUGAAUAUGAGGAGGAGUUGGACAAAAAUUUAAGUUCUCAGACUGAGAUCUUCAUACUGCAGAAAUGCAUGAAGGAAUUAGAAGAGAAGAUUUUGUCCCUCUCAUUGAAUUGCCGGAAACUGGUGGAGGCCUCAGACCUUUCGGAACAACAGAUCUCUCGCCUGGAGAACAAAAAUCUUGAACAGCAGCAGAUGGAGCUGAAGGCUUUGACUGAUCACAUCCGUGACUUGCGCUCUGGGCUAUAUGAGGUGUUUGCUGUUCUCGAUAUCGGUGCCAAAUAUGGUCUCGAACAUAAAAGUGAAAUGGUCCGAGAAACUGUGGAUUGCAUUGUCGGCAAGGUGAAAGGACUACAGAAUUCUCUUGCGAAAGUCGAGGAGGAAAAUCUUCUUGGGACUAUUGAAAAAUCGGUGUUCAACACGCUACUGAGGCAAAUGGAAGCAGAGGCAGCUGGUCUUUCGGCUGAGAGAUAUGACCUCCAUCAGAAUCUUAGGGUUCAAAUGGAGCAGUUCCUUUUAUUGCAAGCGGAGUUUGACAUGAUUCUUGAGACAAGUGAAGAACUGAGAUCAAAAGUCUUAGAGGGAAUCUGCCGAGAAGAAGUGAUGAUAUCUGAAAUGAAGAUCCUGCACGAGCGGCUUACGUGCACUGGGGCAGCUUUUGAGCAGUUGAAGGAAGAGAACCGUGCGGUUCUUGAAGAGAAACACUGGCUGGAAGAGGAAAGUCAUGCUGUCUUGAGUGAAAAAUUAUCUCAAGCUACUGUUUCAAUUAUUCUCCAAGAUGUUGCUCGUCAGAAUUUUCUGGUACUCAGACGGCUGGUUCAGGAACUGGAGAAAGUCAUUUUGUUAAUGGCAGCUUGCGCGAGAAGAUUAAAGCGAUGGAGGGCGAUUUGGAGAAACUUCAAGCGGAAGUUAGAACUUGAGGGCUUGCUGGAGAAGUCAGAAAAUGAGGUGAAAUCAGUUAAUUCUGUUAAUGGACAGUUAAACUGCGAGAUAGCAAGUGGGAAGGAAAUGGUGGAGCAGUUGGAGAAGAAACUCUUGGAAGCCACAGAGACAAUGAAUGUGAUAGAGAACAAGAAACGUGAGCUGGAGAAGGAACUAGAAAGCAACUUGGAGAGCACUCGAAUGGAGAAGUUAGAACUCGAGGGAUUACUAGAGAAGUCGGAAAAUGAGGUGAAAUCGGUUACUUCAGUUAAUGAACAGUUAAACUGUGAGAUUGCGAAUGAGAAAGAAAUGUUGGGACAGUUGGAGAAGAAACUCUCCAAAGCCGCAGAGACGAUCAAUGUCAUGGAGAACAAGAAACUCAAGCUGGAGAAGGAAUUGAAAGAUCUGAAAGAAGAGUAUGGGUCUGUUUUUGGCAGAGUAAUUGUCUCUGAAGUUCGUGAAAUGUUAUUUGAAGAAAAAAUUCAUGAGACUUCAGAAGAGUUGGAAGCUGUGAGAGAAUCAGGAUGCCUGGAAACGGAAAUUCUCGAGAGAAAGGUUGGAACAUUUGCUUCCUUAAGGGACAGCGUGGUAUCACUCGGAAGAUCUGUCAAUCAGGAUAAACAAAACAAAGCAGAUGAUCAAGGACACGAGGAUCUCCAGUCGAUGCAUGACUUAGAAAGAAGAAUCAGGGCUAUGGAGACAGCACUACUGGAGAAGCUUGGGAAACUGGAAGGCCCAAGCUCAGCCCCCGUGCGAGAUUCUGAUGCAGCGGAAGGAAGACUCAUGACUAAAGACAUCAUUCUUGAUCAGGCCUCUGAGUGUUCAUCCUAUGGCAUAAGUAGGAGAGGGACUCUUGAGCCCGAUGAUCAUCAAGUGCUCGAGCUGUGGGACACAAGCAGGGACCCGAAACUUGGGAAAAGUAAAAUCUCAGUGGAUAAUUUCCAUAAUUCCGAAGUGCGAAAGGAGCACAGGAGCCUGAACCCUUCGACUGACUCGCUUCUCGAUAAGCUGGAGAUCUCUGAAAGCUUCUCGGAUAAUCAAUCAGGUGGUGGGAAGAGGAGAGUGAAGGUCCUUGAACGGCUCGACUCCGACGUGCAGAAACUGACAAACCUGCAGAUAACCCUCGAGGACCUAAAGAGGAAGGUAGAAGCCAUCGAGAAGAAGAAGAAUAGGGGUGAGAUGGGGAAAGCUAGAGGGUUCGAGUACGAUGCUGUGAAGGGGCAGCUGGAAGAAGCCGAGGCGGCCAUAGCGAAGCUUUUUAAUGCGAAUCGUAUAUUGGCAAAGAACCUAGAGGAAGAACCCGAUGAGAAUGACAGGGCAGGUGUCAGUAGGAGGAGGGUCUCGGAGCAGGCUCGGAGGGGGUCGGAGAAGAUUGGCAGGAUCCAAUUGGAGCUGCAGAGAAUUCAGUUUCUGUUACUGAAGCUCGAGGACGGGAACGAAAGCAAGGAUACGAGCAGUGUGGUCAUGGACGAGAGGAGCAAGAGAGUGCUUCUGCGGGACUAUCUCUACGGCGGCGGGCUGAGGACCCACAACAGGAACGACCCGAGGCGUAAGAAGGCGGUUCCCUUUUGUGCUUGUGCUCCGAAGGUGAUCGAAUGAUUAACACACCAGUAGCAGCAUGCAUACAAGUUUUUUCCUUUUGUUAUAGAGAUACUAUUGUACAUUUUAAAGGCUUUGUACGUAUUUUUGCACAAAAAAAGGUGCCGGAUCCUUUGUUUGCGGGAGAGGCAAAAGUGGGGAAAUUACUGGUAUUAAAUGUACAGUGUGUGAAGGAGAUGUUCGCGUGCGUACUGGCAAGUAGGAGUUUAAUUUUCCGUAUUGGAGUUCCAUUUUCAGUA